GCAAUCUAUUAGUGUCCCUAAUUUUGACUCAGUGCGUUUAACUUGCGCAAUGACAGGCCAGUGAUGAACAAUUUGUGAUGGCUCAACAAAAAGGCAACUAACGAUAAAACAACAAACAAAAGAUAAAAAAAAAAAAAAUCACUUCUAAGCUAAUAUAAUCACAUAAUGCAUACUUUGUGGCUCAUUUUGCCGCAUAUUUUAAUAGUUUCGCACCAAAUACUCGGUUUGAGACGCACCAACAAAGUUCAGGAAGAAACAUACAAAAGAUAUUACAACUCCGCUGACCUGACCGAUCGUCUUCAGCGUUUUUCUCAAAAGUACGCACAUAUUUGCAGCCUCUCGAGCAUCGGACAGUCUGUCGAGGGAAGGGCGCUUUGGGUCAUGAGAAUAACAACGAAUCCGACUACGGACGCACCAGGCAAACCGAGGUUCAAGUAUGUGGGCAACAUCCACGGGGACGAGGCUUUAUCGAGGCAGUUGUUAGUGUAUCUGAUUGAGUACCUGUUGACUCAGUAUGGCCGCGAUGUGAGAGUAACAGAGCUGGUGAACCGGACUGACAUCUAUAUAAUGGCCAGCAUGAAUCCUGACGGCUUUGAGCGCGCGGUGGAGGGGGACUGCACUGGCAGCAAAGGCCGCGAGAAUGCCAAACAUUAUGACCUCGAUAAGAGUUUCCCAGACCGGGAUGAGUCCUUCAGUAAGACCUCAGAAGACCUACCGGAGGUCACAGCUGUCAUGAAAUGGAUUCUUGAGAAAAAGUUUGUCUUGUCUGGUAGUCUACAUGGGGGCUCAGUGAUGGCCACCUACCCCUUUGAUGACGGCAGUUCUUAUGCAACCUCAGGGCUGACAGCAGAUGUUGCUCUCUUUCGCCAUUUAGCACAAACCUACACUGAGAACCAUCCCAUAAUGGGGAUGGACAAUCCUGGCUGUCCUGAUGAUCCAGACAAAAGCUUGGGAGAUGGGGGAAUGCAGGAUUACAGCUACUUCAGAGGGAACUGCUUUGAAGUCACUUUUGAGUUGAGCUGCUGCAAGUAUCCACCAGCUUCUCAGCUUUUCACAGAAUGGACCAAUAACAAGGAGGCCCUUCUUGCCUACAUACACCAAGCUCAUAUUGGUGUGAGAGGUUUCAUAAUGACCAGAACAGGCAUUGGACUCCCAGAUGCAACAAUCUCCGUUUCUGGAACUGAUCACAACAUCACAACUGGGAUGUUUGGUGAUUAUUAUCGUCUGCUGCUGCCUGGAAGAUAUGACGUCACUGCUAGCUCACCUGGAUAUCUUUCAAAUACUGUCAAGAAUGUGCCAGUGAUUGAAGGCAAAGCCACGCUGUUAAACUUCACUCUUGAGGAACCUGUAGAGGAGAUGUUAAUGCGAGACCCCUCUGAACAACCUGUGGUAACCAAUGAAGGUCUGAACACACCUGGACCUCCCACCUCAAGGUCUCCAAUCCAUACUUUGGAUUUCCGAUAUCAUAGUUAUGAUGAAAUGGAGAUGUCCUUGCAACUGCUUAGUGCUGUCCAUCCUUCCAUCACUUACCUGUACUCUGCUGGACGAUCAGUGCAGGGCAGGAAUCUUUAUGUAAUGGAGAUAUCCACCAAUCCUGGUGUUGAUCAGAGAGGCAAACCAGAGAUCAUGUUUUUGGGUAACCUGCAUGGAAAUGAGUUUAUCGGACGUGAGAUGCUCCUAAACCUGGUUGAGUACUUGUGCCGCAAUUAUGACAAAGAUCUAUUGGUCACACGUCUGGUCAAUAGCACAAGAAUUCACAUCAUGCCUUCCAUGAACCCAGACGGGAAUGAAUUGGCACUAAAAGCUCACAAUGAACGGGUCUCAGGAGACCUAAGUAUUAUUGGACACCGUAACAGUCACCGUGUUGACCUGAAUGCAAAUUUCCCUAAACAGUCAGGAUCAGGAAAUACUGUUGAAGCAGAAACUCUGGCAGUGAUAAACUGGAUCAAGGAUCACUUCUUUGUACUGUCUGCAAGUAUACGUGGAGGGUUUAGAGGAGUCGUCUACCCCAGUUCCCUUGACUCUGUUGAUGAGGACCUGUUUAAAUCAGUUGCAAAAGCCUAUUAUGUGCAAUCUCAGGCUUUUCAAGAGCCUCAGGCCUGUGAUGUGCCAAGAACCAGAGAGAAAAAAGGCAAUAAGCACCAUCGUCCAGUAAUCACAGGAAUUGAUAUGCUGACUUGGGCAUAUCACAGCACAGACACUUUAGCCGUUAAGAUUGGUUUGAGCUGUGAACUGCUUCCACCAGAGGAGUUGCUCUCAGAAUAUUGGGAGAAGAAUCACGGAGCGCUCUUGCACUUUAUACAACAGGUUCAUUUAUUUGUGAGGGGUAUGGUGACUGAUGGUCAUUCUGGCAAAGGCAUUGCUAAUGCCACAGUCGUGGUGGAAGGCUCAAGCCAUCAUGUCCACACUAGCAGCACGGGCCAGUACUGGAGACCUCUGGCUCCUGGUUCUUACCAUAUCACCGCUUCUGCUCCAGGUUAUAUUCCAAUAUCAGAAUCUGUCCGCGUGUUGGAGACUCGGGUGGAGCAGGUGGACUUCAAGCUGACCAGAGAUGCGUUGCAGCCAUCUGUUGAGGAAGGAGAACAGAAGGACUUUGAGAAACUGGUGGAACGGCUCUUAGCCCCUGGUGAGUUGGAUCAGUUGGUCCGCAGCCUUCUCCCUGCUCAGACCUUGCGGUACCGAACCUACAGGGAACGCUCUGAGUUCCUGCGUGGAUUGACCUUAAACUUCCCUCGCAUCACACGGCUGUACAGUUUGGGUCAGAGCACUGAGAUUAGGACUGUCUGGGCUCUUGAGAUUGCUGGCAAUUUGGAGGUCCCUCAAGCUGCUGAACCCAAGAUCCGUUUUGUGGCCGGAGUCCAUGGUGAUGCAGCAGUAGGUCCAGAGUUGCUGCUCGAAUUUGCUUCUGUUCUUUGCCUCAAUUAUGGCAGGAAUUCCGCCAUCACCAAGCUGAUUGACAGGAGCAGGAUACUGAUUCUCCCAUGUGUGAACCCUGAUGGUAGAGAGCAGGCACAAGAGGGAUUCUGCUCGUCCAGUAAGGGGUACACCAACGCUCAUGGCACAGACCUGGACACAGAUUUCUUCUAUGGCAAUGCAUCCGCACAGCCAGAGACGCGUGCAGUGAUGGAUCUGAUUUAUGGAGGGGGUUUCUCUCUCUCAGUAGCGUUGGAGGGAGGCUCUCUGCUGGCUACAUACUCCUAUGACAGACCUAAUCAGCAUGCACAAAAUGAGGAGACAUUGAGAUAUUUGGCCUCCUUGUAUGCCAGCAGUCAUCCUUUAAUGCACUUGGGUAACCUGGGAUGUACAGAAAAGUCAGGGCAAAUCCCAGGAGGGAUUCUUAGGGGUGCGGAUUUCAGCGCUCACACUGGCAGUAUGAAGGACUUUAGUUUGGAUGUGGGCAUUUGCCCUGAAAUCACGGUAUACACUGGCUGUUGUAUGUUCCCAUCCGAACGUCAGCUCUUCUCGCUGUGGAUGGAGAACAGACUGCCUCUUUUCCGCAUGCUGCUGGAGGUUCAUAGAAGGCUGAGUGGUGUCGUGAGGGACAGUAAAGGGCGUCCGAUGUCAGAUGCUGUUGUUGUGGUGAACGGCUUUAUGAAUGUUCAUGCAGACAGUCAGGGUCACUUCACCACUCUCGUGGCUCCAGGCACACAUCAGCUGCUGGUUCAGGCCCAUGGAUAUCAGCAAGAACUCCAGCAGGUGAAUAUAUCCUCAGACAAAGUGACCAGCCCCAUUGUGAUCGACUUUACAGCGGACAGGGCUCCCUUGAGUCAGGCAGUCUUUGUAAUUGCCACAGCCUCUUUGAUGAGCAUCUUAAUCUGUGCUCUCCUCAUCUGGCACCUUCGCUCUGCCAAGUUCAGCCGUAUACGAGACGGGGUUCGUUGGUUGCGUCGUAAGAGGGAUGUCCUCCAAAUGGAAGCAAUGGCUUCAGAGAAAUCACCCUUGCGACAGGAGUUUCUGGAUGAGAGUGAGAGUGAAGAUGACCCUUUCCUUGUGGAGAGUCGCUGAAUGUACUGUCAAAGUGUUCAAGAAUAAAAUAUCAUUCUGUCUUUAUACUUAGUAUGUCAGAUGACUUUGUGAAUGACCGAUGCAGAUCUAUGUUUAGUAAACGGUGAACUUUGCAACCUCUGGUCUCCUAAACUUGAUA